AUGCGCUGGGGCCUCCAUGUCACGAACGCGCUGCUCGGCUACAUCGUAGCCACAGCUUCUGCUGUUCCGAGCCAACAGCUUUAUGCGCGUCAGUCUACCGACACCUCGUACGACUACGUGAUCGUCGGCUCCGGGCCGGGAGGUGGACCCCUCGCCGCCCGGCUCGCCAUCGCCGGCAAGAAGGUCCUACUCAUCGACGCCGGUGACGACCAGGGCGACUCUGUCCCGUACAAGGUGCCUGCGCUCAACCUGCAAUCGACAGAAUACGACCCGAUGAGAUGGGACUACUAUGUCAACCAUUUCAGCGACCUCGAGGCCCAGAAGAAGGAUUCCAAGAUGACGUACCGUACGUCGUCCGGGGAGCUCUACGUGGGCUUGAACCCGCCCGCCGGCGCCGAGCCGCUCGGUAUCCUCUACCCUCGAGCCGGUACGCUGGGAGGCUGCGGGUCUCACAACGCUCUGAUUUCGGUGUACCCGCACAAGUCUGACUGGGAUGGUAUCGCGACCUUGACGGGCGACAGCUCGUGGAGCGCUUCCAACAUGCGCCAGUACUUCAAGCGCCUCGAGAACGCCGAGUACUUGCCCAACGGCAUCAUCGGACAUGGAUUCAGCGGCUGGCUCACGACCAGCGUGACUGAUUUGGGUCUUGUCAUCAAGGACGUGAAGCUGCUCACCGUCAUUCUAUCCGCCGCCUCAGCCAUGGGCAAGUCCCUCCUCGGACUCAUCUUCUCCACCAUCCAGGGUCUCGGCGAGGUGCUCCUCCGAGAUCUCAACGUCGACUCGUCCAGCCGCGACUCCUCCGAAGGCCUCUAUCAAGUCCCCAUCUCCGUAAAAGACGGAAGACGUGUCGGACCACGUGAAUUCAUCCUCGACACCGCCAAUGCAAAGAACGCGGACGGCUCCAGGAAGUAUCACCUCGACCUCAAGCUCAACACCCUCGUCACAAAAGUGCGAUUUGAUCAGAGCGGAAGCAAGCCGCGGGCCGUGGGCGUGGAUUUCGUCACUGGUCAGAGCCUGUACCGCGCAGACCCUCGAUCCGGAAGCGCCGCUGGCCAGACCGCCGGAUCCGUCAACGCCACCGCCGAGGUCAUCGUCGCCGCCGGCGCCUUCAACACCCCGCAGCUCCUCAAGCUCAGCGGCGUCGGUCCCAAGGAUGAGCUUUCCUCGUUUGAUAUCCCCGUUGUUGUCGACCUACCUGGUGUCGGCACCAACCUGCAAGACCGCUACGAGACAACAGUCAUCGGCGAAACGCCCACCGACUUCCAGAUCACUGGCGAUUGCACCUUCAUCCGUCCUGGCACCGAUGAUCCCUGCCUCAAGAAGUGGGAGGAGGGCACCGCUAGCGGGAGCUCACCGGGCAUCUACGGCUCCAAUGGUAUUUCGCUGGGCAUCGUGAAGAAGUCGUCCGUGUCAGAGGGAGACCCUGACCUUUUUAUCGCCGGCGCGCCCGUUGCUUUCCCUGGGUACUACCCCGGGUACUCGGCCGCCGGCACCGCGGAUGCGCGCCACUGGUCUUGGAUCACGCUGAAAGCGGCGUCUCGAAACCGCGCCGGAACCGUCAAGCUGCGCUCCUCCGACCCCAAAGACAUGCCCCAGAUCGACUUCAACUCCUUCCAGAACGAGGCGGACGGUGCCAAGGACAUCCAGGCCGUCGUGGAGGGCAUGCAGCUGUCGCGCAAGAUGUUCGAGAACGUGGUGCCCCUGACGGGAGGGUUCACCGAGGUCUGGCCCGGGCCGAACGUCACGGACGCGGACCUGCCGGGCUUCGUGAGAAACGAGGCAUGGGGCCACCACGCGAGCUGUACGUGCCCGAUCGGAAAGGACGGUGACUCGAUGGCUGUGCUGGACGCGCAGUUCAGGGUGAGGGGGACGGACGGCUUGCGGGUGGUGGACGCCUCGGUGUUUCCCAAGAUCCCUGGUUUCUAUAUUGCGGUUCCUGUGUAUAUGGUGAGCGAGAAGGCGGCGGACGUGAUCCUUGGCGUGUAA